UGAACUACAAUCCUACACACGAUACGGUCGAGUAUGGACGUGCAACCGCAGAGCAGACGUCUUUGUCAGUACAAAAAGUUAAACUUGAGUAAAAUAUUGUUGACGGUGCCUCUAAUAAGAUCGGGAAGUGCUGUCGCGAAGAGUUAGUCUGAAAAAUUAAUUCAAAUCAAAGUUUCAAAACAACAGCGAAGUGUACAAAGCUGAACUGAAAGUUAGAAUUCAGUGACCUGUGAAUAAUAUCAAACACUGACGUGAAAAAAACAGUUUUGCGUAAUACCAGUGUUGCAGAACGAGUUUCUGUUAAAAAUGCCAAGAAGAUGUAAAAAAACAGUGUCACAAAAGCGUAUACAGUCUGUGAUUGAUGUUAAGAGACAGCAGUGAGGGAAAUAAACACGAAGUGAAAAUAUUGGAAAAAGUAAAAGCAUUUCAUUUGAUCCCGAGGGUAGAAGUCGAGCGAGAGAGCUAGUGAAAGAUAAGGUUCAACAAACGGAAUCAUAAUCUACAUCUGUUUGUGAAGUGAACGACAAAGAGACGAGAGGCAAACAAAUAUAAUACGGGCAUUGUGUGAGCAUUACGGAAACGAUCCGGUCUAUAAAACCUGAUAACGGAAAGCUAGAUUGUAGUGCCACAAAAUGUGGUGUUUGAUAAAUCUACCCAAUGGCACUACCUCGGGGGUCCAGUGCGAUCCCAAGAGGAACAGCCAGGAAUGUCUGGAAAAGGUUUGCAACGACCUCGGUAUCAUCUGCGAGAUUGAUUACUUCGGGUUGAUUCCGGUACGGGAUGGAGACAGUGCCGAGGUGGACGAAUGCAGCGCCAAGCAGUGGAUCAACUUACGAAAUCCUUUGAGUCUCCAUGCCAACGAUCGCAACCAUCCGAUUCUGCUUUCGCUGCGCGUCAAGUUCUGGGUACCAGCGCAUUUAAUCCUACAGGACAGCGUCAAGAGGCUGUUCUACAUGCAAGCACGACAGGAAUUACUAGACGGACACAUCAGUCCAUCAAGCUGGGAAAAUGCCGCGCACGUUUCUGCAUUGUUGCUACAGGCUGACGGUUAUCUGUACGAUCCGAACAAGGUCUUUGCCAACCUAACCGGUCUGGAGCGAGGGAGUCCACUGAACACGAUCGAUCGUCGUCAGCUGAGGCGACCUUCGAAGCGGAAGUGUUCGGAAAGUGAUGUCAAACGAGGAAGCAUCGCAUCGACUGUUACGAUGGACGAUACGAUUUCCGAAACGAUACCAAAGAACAUCUACCAGAGCUAUAUUGUGAGGCCAAAGUUCGAAGAUAUUGAACCGGAACCAAUGCCGGAGAAUUUCAUCCAGAUGAUCGCAAAGGAACACGAAACCUUAACCAAGAUCAAGAUGACUGCUACCUCUGCCCAGUAUUGGCUGCUCGAAGAAAUCUCAACCCUGAACGGAUACGGCGAAGAGCUGUUCGAAGGUCUUACCAUCAUUGAGCCUUCGGUACGCUGUAAAAUCGGUGUGAGCCCUCAUGGCCUAACCAUCGCCAAGGACGAUCAAAAAUAUAGCGUUCCAUUUACUGCAGUUAAGGCCGCCAAAUCGAUCAAGCGAUCGUUCCGGCUGACCUACAUGAACGAAGAGCACGAGGAAACCCAUAUCGAACUGAAGCUCCCGAACCAUCGUACGGCAGCCUGUCUCUACCGGGCCAUUACCGAGAAACACGUUUUCUACUCGUGCGAAACUGUUCGACCGGUGGUUACCACCCAGUUUAUCCGUGAUCUCAAGGGUACGAUUGUAUCGAUGUUCAACGAAGACACCGAACUCGGCAAACGCUACGUAUUCGACAUCCAGCGAACCUGUCGGGAGGUGUAUGACAACUCCCGGCGAAUCCUGCAUGCCCGCGGUAUCGAAAUCAGCAAGGUACAAAAGGAAUGUCCUCAGGCUCAGGCCAGCAAGCUGGAUCAACAGCUCGCCGAUGAAGCCGAAGAAAGCGACAAACUCGAACGGCUAGUCGAAGAGCGGAUAACCGAAGCGGUUACCUGCAUCAUCUGCGUCGACAACAUGAUGGACACGAUGUUCCUUCCCUGUGGACACAUCGCUGCCUGCCGACAAUGCGCAGAACAAUGCGAUCGCUGUCCACUUUGCCGAGCCAAUAUCGAGUGUGUCAACAAAGCGUUCCUACCGCCAGUGCUGCGGACCAGAAGUCAAACGGCUGCAGCUGCUGCGCUGGCUAUCGCAGCUCAAUGAACCCCUCUCUCACGUAUCCGUUCCUUGUUUUAUAAUUUGGCACAAAGAAGAAAAACUGCAACCACAUUACCAUUAGCUUUAACCUUAGAAGUUAUGCCACUGUGUAGCGAUUUGAGAGUGCUAGGAAUGAAAGGAAAGUUAUAAUUUUCUUUUAAGUUUCAGAUAUUUCAAGUGAAAAAAUGCAAACAAAAGUGAUAUUUACUUUUAGUUACUAACUAUAUUAGGAGUUAUACGAGACUGCUUUUAAAAGUUGUCGAUAACAGAUAAAUUAAAAUAUCAUAAAACUAACGAACGCGUAAUAGUCAUGUAUCAAUGCAAAUUAUUCAACUUAGGUGUAGCGAUGGAUGAGUGGGAAAUGUAUGCACGAUGAACAAGCGAGAUUGCUUUUCAUACAGGAAGGCUUAGAAUCAAGCGAGAUGAAUAAUUUUAGUGAUGAAAGUAUUGUUUUAUGUUAAGUAUUUUAUAUCCAAACCUUGAAUUCGAUUGGUCGACGUACGAUAUGUGUAAAAUAUAUCAUCAUCGGAGCCGUUGAAAUGGCCCUGUAAAACAAAUACAAUUUGUUGUUAUCGAAAAA